AUGCCGGUCAUCACACCUGUAUCGCCUCUCGAGGCGAGUGGAGACAUGUUCCUGCGAGCCAAGACAGCGUCUAUGUUCGACACACGACCGCUGUCGUACGUGACAGAUGCGACGGAAAUCCUCGACACCGACAUCGAAGACGAGAGCGACUACGAGCCAGUUUCACCCAAGGACAGCCUCCAGUCGGAAGACAGCAGACGGAGAAGUCAGACCACCAUAUCUUCCUACGAUGAAGCACCAACGCCCAGUCCAAGGACCAGCGUACCGAGAGGUCAUUUCGAGCUACGCUUCCGGCCCGCAACGGAGGGACCAAAAGGUCCUCAUCUGUUCAGGGCCUCACAGGUCUCGGCAGAGUUCGACUACUUCGACUAUGGCAUGCAGAUGUCACCACUUCUUCCCAAGGAGCAACCACUUCGAACGGAGAGUGCCUUCACCGAGCAGACUGCGACGCCUGUUGCCUCGCGACCUUCUCACGGCUUCUCACUAGACAAUGCACUCAGGCAACCAGAAUCCGGACAUAGCGACCCAAUGUCCAACAUCAGCUCGUGGUCCACACAGCAAGUGAUCGACUGGAUGUGCGAUGCCGGGCUAGACCCAACUGUAAUCGACUGCUUUGCGCAACACGACAUCAACGGAGCCGUCCUGGUCGAUCUUCAGUUCGAGGAUCUCAAGGAACUCGAUAUCCAGUCCUUCGGCAAGAGACAUCAGCUUUGGAAUGCUAUCUGUGUUCUCACUGGCGAGGAUGGUCACGUCAGUCCUACGAACACCCCCUUCCAGGACAUCAGUCGACCUUGCACCGCGCCACCUGGUCGAUCAGCAAGCCGCAGACGGUCUCCGAGCCAAGGCCGCCACAUGCAGAGUCAGACCAUGGAACAUCUACCGCCAACACCUACCGCUGGCAAGAAGCAGAGGCGCGGUCGUAAAGCGCCGAAGACUGGAGACACAGUCACUCCAGGAGAAUCCAUUUCCAUAGUUGCCAUUGAACAGCUGCUACCCAAACCACAUACAUGUGCCAAGGGCGAACGCUGCGCCAAAUUCAGGAAGCAACAAAGACAACUCGAUCAACUUCAAAGCGAACAUGGAAUUGGCCGCUUCCCGAUCAGUCCCACGCGAGGUGGUCGUAUCUUUGUCGCUGGUAAUCCUGGCAACGCAGCCACAGCAUAUAACCUGGCCUCUGACAUCUACCAGCCGCAUGAACUCCAGCCGCCGUCUGCGGAGGAUCCAUUUCGACCAGUCUCUGAGGCACAGCCUUCCGUCGUCGCCUCUUCCGACCUGCUUGGACCCGGUCAGUUGCCGGAAUUUGCUUUGCACGAAGACAUGCUCCAGCACCUGGGCAAACGGGACCCUCAAGACAACGUCAAGCAGUUCCUCAACUUCCAGCACAUGCAGUCUCCUACCACAGACGAAGCACCGCCAACGCCACCAUACGAGAUGUUCCCAUCGAAGUCUGUCUCGCCAUUUCCAGCUCAUCGAUCGCAAGUCCACCUCCAACCACAACGUUACUUCACCCCCGGCCCACAUCAGCAACUCCGCCAACAGCUCCCCAGACUCGACAUCCCCCGCUCAGCCAGCGCAGGCCCAGCCCUCCACCACGGUCUCAUGUCACCUCAAACAGCGGGCUCCAUCUGCCGCAGCGUCACAGCUUCUCCAGCAAGAGACCUGGUGGCAUCCCCAGCAUCCACCAUGAUCUACCGCCUCGGCACCCCAGCCUCAGAAAUGGACGUCCCCGUCUCCACCCUUCCACCCCAGGACCCCAUCGCCUCCCGCAACGCAGCCCAAUCCGUCCCACCCAACAUGCAAUACCGCCCACAACAACCCCUAUCCCGCUCCCACUCCCGCUCCGGCACCACCCACGACUGGCGCAGACCCUCCAUGCAGCUCCCCGCCGUCAAGGAAAACGAAGUCUUCUCUCCCAGCUCCUCCAACGACUUCCCCUCCAAACGCCCCAGCCUCACCACAACAACCUCCACCGACGGUAGCCUUGGCCUAGCCCGCAGGAAAACAAUCCGCGACCCAUCCCACCACUCCCCAAUCGAGACCAAAAACUUCGGCUACGGCCCCGAAUGCACCCACGCCGGCUGGAUGAAAAAGCGCAAAACGAAAUUCCUCCACCACGAAUGGACCGACUUGCACUUCCGUCUCAAGGGAACAGAACUCUCGCAGCACUCCACCGCCAAACUCACCUCGACCCCCACCGACAUCAUCAACGUCGACCACUACUCGGUGGCCUGCUCGUCCGUCUCCUCCAACAACAAACUAUCCGCGGCGAUGAAGGCGCUGCGCAUCAAGGAGGACAAGGCGAAGAAGGAGGAGACGGACGCGACGGCGUUUGCGUUCCAGCUUGUGCCAUGUAAGGUCAAGUCGCCGGAGAAGAGGGCGGAUGGUGGGAGUGGGAGUGGGAAGACGCAUCAUUUCGCGGUUAAGACGAAGGAUCAAAGGAUUGAUUGGAUGAGGGAGAUUAUGCUGGCGAAGGCGCUGAGGCAGAAGGGGGAGGGGUAUGAGGUUGAGGUGAAUGGUCAUCACGUCUGA